AUGAUAGAAGCUGUUUUUUGUGGACCUUCAAAGCCUAACGAUACCGAGCAGUAUAUGUGGCCAUUUGUAAUGGAAAUAAAUACGUUACAACACGAUGGAAUAAACAUCAAUGGUUGUUCGAUACUGGUUAAACUGCGAGCAGUUAUUGCGGAUACACCCGCUCGAUCAUUUAUUAAAGCACCAACACCCCUGACUGAUUGGCUGAAUUUUGAUAUCAUUCAAGACGUGAUUGUCGCGGACCGUAUGUAUUUGAUCGACCUUGGUGUUACAAAAAAAUAG